AUGCCACACAUAAGAGCAUCGCCGCUACCCAGGCAGUCACUCAUAUCAGAAAUCCAGACCGGAAAGCCGAACCUGGACGGCGCAAGACACAUCCAAAUGGUUGUUCGUGAGGGCCUCCUCCUAGCUGGUGGCGCAGCUGCCCUCCUUCUCCAAGUCGCCAUGCCAGGUGUUGGAAAAGGCGUCAACCACCACAGCACUUUCUCCCGCCGCCCGCUUGACCGGCUCCGCACGACGAUGACCUUCGUUUACUGCAUGGUAUUCGGCACGGCCAAAGAGAGGCAAUUUAUCGUGAAGAUGGUCCACCGCGCCCAUUCUCCGGUCCAGGGAGCCGACUACUCCGCCGACGACAUCCACCUCCAACUCUGGGUCGCGGCGACUCUCUACGCGGUCGGCGUAGGCAUGUACGAGGAUGUCUUUGGGCGGAUAGACGAAGCUACCGCUGAAGCCUUGUACCUGGAGUAUGCCAUUCUCGCCAAGUCUUUGCGCGUAUCGGGGGAGAUGUGGCCGAUCAAUCGGAAGGCAUUCUGGGCCUACUGGGAUAGGCAGAUCGCGACGAUGGAAGUGACCCCAGAGGCGAGACACGUUGCACACGAUCUUCUGUACAAUCAAAAUUUGCCGGUACAUCUGGCGGCGCUCAUGCCGUGGAUGAGAUUUAUUACGGCAGAGCUGCUACCGCCGCGCAUUCGAGAGGCGUAUGGGCUCAAGAGUACAGUACUGCGCCGGGGAGCGUAUCGUGUAACGCUGGAAGUGAUCAGAGCGACCUACCCCCUUGUUCCCAUGUUUAUCCGGACGUAUCCAAAAGAGUAUUAUCUGAAGGACAUGAGACGACGGAUGGGCAACGCGCGUUGA